AUGGCAACCUGGACAAAAAACCAACCGAUGGGUUCGACAUCGGCCAGACGAAAGUGGAAUCUGGAAGAUCGCACAUCAUUGAAUAACUUAAAAUACCAUAUUGCAUCAGAGGGCUGCUCCGAAGUACAGUAUGACUUGGCCAAACAGCUGUUGGAGAAAAAUUUGGAGGACAAUGUAGAAGCUUCGAAUCAACAAGCCGUCCAUUGGCUUAUAUGUGCUGCCCAACAGGGCCAUGAAGAAGCAGCAAACCUUUUGCAAAAAUGCUAUGAUGAAGGCUGUGGAAUAACGGCGGAGAAUGAAAAUGAAGUUCGUUUAUCGCUCUCCAUGACUCCGGGCGAAAGGGCUGCCCGAAAGGCAGCACGUGAACUAUUCGCCUGCCUUUCGAAUGGUGGUAAACACAUAACACCCAAACAACUGGAACGUAAAAUGCGCGAAAUCUACAAAAUGCAAAAAGCCCGUAGACAUCCAGGUGAUUCAACAUCAACAUCCGAAGAUGAGGACCACUUACCCCAACAGCAGCAACAAUCCCUUGAAGAUGGUUCGGGACCCUCACUCAGUAAUGGUUCGAUUAAUUUACGCCAUCAACCGAAAGAACGCAAACGAAAAGCGCGUAGAAGUCAUUUGAAUGUACCCGAACAGCAGGCGGGUAACGAACGCAUCACCGAGGAGAACUUAGUUUCGGCAGCGGUGAAUUAUGCUGCAGGGCGAAUGCCGGCUGUUAAUGACGCAAUGACCUUAACGGUGCCUCAUCCUUCCUCGUUGGACCAUGUACCUUGCUUUCAUCGUUUAUUAUUCCAUCCCAUUGUAUUCUUUACAUUGUUAUAUCAUCGUUUAAUUAACAUUGUGGCCGAUUUCCCGAAACGUGUACCACAAAGUGUUAGACUGGCGGUGCUGCUAGUGGUCUACUGGUUGGUGUCUACGGAUAAUCUCACAACAGCCUUGCCGGUGGGAUUUUAUUACCUCUGUUGGUCCGUAAUGAUUUGGUCCACCUGUAAAAUGCUGAAAACCAAACAUGAUUUUAUUGAUUUUCGCAUAUGGUCGGGACUGUUUCUAUCCUAUGGUGAUCAUAAUAUUGAAGCGGAUAUAUCGGAAAAUCGUUUCCUGCGGAACAAUAUGCAGCCAUAUUUAUAUUUCUUCUGUGCAUUCAUAGGCAACUUUUUGGUAUAUCCCCUGUUGCCACCCGAAUGGUUACCGCAUUCCGAGCUGACCAUUGUGGCUGGCAUUUUUGUGUUCUUUUCGAUGUUGGCAUUCAUGUAUUCGACACAACGAUUUCCCGAUUGGAUAUUUCUGAUAUCAUUUGGUGUAAAUGUUUUGGCCAAAUAUCCCUAUGAAAUGGACGAUGUUGUUACUACGGGAUGGCGUUUCUUGGAUCUAAAAGUGCCAACAUUUUGUUCCUUUGUCAUUGGUAAUGGUAUCGAGUUUUGUUUGAAUUGUCGAACGGCUCUCUAUUUGUUGAUACCAGUGUUUCUGGUACACUUAGCCAAAAGAUCAAAUUGGCAUGGAACAUAUACGACGUUAAUUCCGCACUGUGUUACUCUCAGUUGGUUGCAGUUGUGCAUUACGAGUGCCCAAAGUGCUACAAUGUUUGGUGUGGUACGGGCUACCCUUGGCUUGGCAGGUGUCCUGCUAUUUUUACCACUUUUCGGUUUGGUGUCGCUGUUAAUCCCUGUCUUUGUUGUCGUCGAAUGGUUGGGUUUCACCAAUCCAAAUUUACGUUUGGGUAGCACUGUCAUCGUUUCGCUGUUGGCUGUUUUGUUUUCCUGCUUUUUGGCCAUAAAUCGUACAACGCAGAAAUAUGUAACUAUUUUACAGGUUCUAAUUUGCAUUACUGCAGCCUGUGUUCUAACAUUCCCCUAUAUGACAUCCAGCUUUAAGGAUACGUCACGUUUCAAUCCUCUGAUACCGGAUCUGAAACAUCAUCAAUCGGUAAUAACUACCCUACCAACGGAAGAGGUGCAUAUGCCCCCGCCACCACCAGAAUAUUUAACCUGGCAACGAUUCUACAGUCAUUGUGGACCACAGGCAUGGUGGAAGGAUAAUAAUAAAAUAAAAACUCAAUUGAAAUGUGCCCAUCUAGAGGGUCUGCCCGUAUCGUGGGAGGGUGAUGUUACACAAAUACAAAUAGCCAGCGUAAAAAAUAAGCCAGCCUGGUAUAUAAACAAAUAUUUACCUUCAUGGUUGGCACGCCUGAUAACAUGUUGGUAUGGUGAUCGCUUGUCGGCAAUCAAUAAAUGCAACGCACCGCAAGAUCGUUUGUGCAACGAUUUUGAAGAAAUCCUAAAAACAAGUAAUUUAGAUCAACAAUGCUCACUGCAGAAAUGGAAUCAAUAUGAAUAUGAAAUACGUAUAAAUAUGUAUGCUGGCAUAUUGGAUAAACGGCGACAAGAAGUUGUGUUGCAGGCUCAACAUAAGUUCGGUAACUUCUCAAAACGUUUAGUGGAAGGUGAUCGGGUACAUUUUUAUGGUACGUUAACGAAUAGUCGCGUCAUAUCCUUACCACCAUCGACACAUAUCUAUGAAGAGUAUUUAUUGGGUGGUUCACCAGUGGCGCAUAUAAAAUUGGCAGCCAUUGAAUGUUUACAAUGUCAGGAUCGUGAUAAUUCACCGGUGAUUAUUGAUUCGUUGAUAAAAUCUCCCGUUGAUGCUCGGAUGCGAGAUUUAAUGCGUGGUAUAAAAUAUCUAUUAAAUGUAUUCCUAAGUCCAUUGAUAACAUUUAAAUAA